AUGCCACGCCUCAUCUGGGCCAAGAAACUGGGAUGUUCACAAUGCAACAAGCCCACAUUCCCCUACAAACUCUUCGAAACCUGCCGAUACUGUCAGCAUGUUCCCUGUGGUGAUUGCAAGGUUACCGAGGUGCCUCUGAAUACCGUGGAGGUGGUCGAGAAGAUUGAGAGAAAGCAGAACCGAGAUGAUGAGGACCCGGACGAGGAACAUCAUUUGACUUGGAUGACCAACUUACAGCGCCUGCAUGGAUCGCAGGAGAGUCUGGUGUUGAAGAAGCAGAAGAAGACUUUUCAGUGGUGA